CAAGUGUACACGGGAAAUUCCUGAGUGUAGCAUCUGUCUGCAGACAAAUCAGUCGUGUGAAUAUCCUAAAAGUGCGAUCCGCCCAGGACCGAAAAUGGGGAGCACUCAACAGGCGCGAAAGCGCAAGCACGAUUCCUUCGUUGGGGACCAACAAGAUCAACAACAUUCGGCUGGGAGGAAAGGUGAUAGCCAGGCUCAACAGCCCGAGCAGCUGAGACAACCCCAAGAGAAACUGGGCCAGCAACGAUAUUCGCAAGUAGCAGCACCAUCAGCUCCACUGGAGCAUCACCAGCCCCAACCGCAAUCGCAGUCACAAUCACAGGCGCAGCUUGCGCCGUCACACCAGCAGCAGCAAGAGCAACAGCACCAGCUCCCAUCAAUGCGCCAGAUCACCCUGCCACCACCACCACCGCCACCUCCUACAUCGGGACUACCGCCAGCGCCGCAAACGUCUACAUUGCCGUCCGCGGCCAUCUACCAAGCUUCAUCACCUUCGACUUCGAUUUCGAGCGCGCUAUCUCGACCCUCGCGUGACGUUCGAUCGCUUUCGUUCAUCAUGCACCCGUCCCACGAAGAUCGCCUGUGCGAGGAGCCUCCAAUCCAAUCGAUGGUGACAGCAGAGUGCAACAUGGGUGAGCAAUCCAACCUAGACUCCGCCUGCUAUGCGCUCGGCCUGGCGCUGGAAGAUGUGCAGACUCUGGUGGAUGAGUUCUUCGACACCUUCCCGUCCUUUCAGCUGUUCCAUCGUCCCACCUUCUGGGACAAGCUGCAACAAAUCCAGAGCAUCAAUGAGUUAAAUGCCCUCCUCGCCGCUAUUCUCAUCUUUGCUUUUAGUGACCAGGAAGCCAGCCACGAUCCCUGUCUAGCGUCGGCAGCUGCGCGCAUCAGUCUCGAUUCGACCAAAGACCUGUCUCAGCACUUUGGAAACUUGGCCGAGCAGUUCGCCGAACAGGCCAUGCAUGAGUACGCCGAGCAAGGAGUGCCACUCCCGCUGCUGCAAGCCAUGAUCCUGAUCAAUCACUGGCUACUCAUCAGGUCGGUCCGUGGCAAGUCGUGGCGGUAUUUGGGUGUUUGCGUCCGUUGUGCCUACGAGUUGAAUCUGCAUACCGUCGACAAAGGUAGACAGCCGCACGACCGGAUCGAGGACGUCGAGCAAUGGUCGGAAGACGAAGAGAAGCGGCGAGCCUGGUGGGCGAUUUGGGAGAUGGACGUUUUCGCGAGUGUGGUCCGUCGCUGCCCAACAGGAAUUGACUGGUCGUACAAUGAAACAUUCCUGCCUGCCCCAGACAAGAACUGGUUUGAGAACGAGCCGCAGGAAAGCUGCUGUCUCGAACCGAGCAUUGUUGACCGAUGGAAGAAGCUGAGAGCCUCGGGCAACAAAUCGCAUAAGGCGUGGUUUCUGGUGGUCAAUUCCCUCGUCAAGGAUGCGCAAAACGUGUCUCAAUGGGCCGAAGUCGACACGAACAAGACGUCGGAGCAAUCCCGACACUCCAAGUACUGCAGUCCCUCCCAGGUCCAACUAGAACAAGCCCGUCGUGCUCGAGAAGCGCGAGAUGGCUAUAACAAAGUCAGCACCCUCCACAACGUCCUCCAAUGCAUAGUCGAAAUGAUGCCUACGGAGCUCCGGUACCAAAAUCAGUUUCUCAGUUUCUCUCCCCGGGAUUCCGAGUCACCUACUACGACGACACGCUUGCUGCACCAGGAGAUCUACAGCAUGCACAUGGUAGUGCAGUAUGCCAGGCUGAUGAUAUACAAAUUCUUUAUCUUCCGGGGUCAAAUGAGCUGGGGACAUCUCGAGGCGGAGUUGGCCAAGUACAAGGAACAUGCAGAGGGUGGGCUUGCGCCACAAAGGCAGUUUGGGAGCACUGCGCCAAACAACGCUGCAAGACAGUGUUUUGUGUUGUAUCUUCAGGCCUCGCAGAACGUUGUCAACAUCAUUCAACGAACUCAAAGCAACCAUUACAAGUUCGUCAACCCCUUCCUGGCGAAUACAAUAUGGCUGGCGACAGCAGUGCAGAUCUUGAAGCGCGAACUGCUACAUGCCGACACUUCGGAACGAGAGUUGUCCGCGUCCAAUGCUGAGUUGCUCCGGAUGACAUAUCUCCAGUUCGAAAGCUACUGGGGCAUAUCGAACAUGCUAGAGAGGAACCUUUCUGCCCUAGAAGUCGAGCUGAACAACAUUCGAGAGAGUUCGCGAAGGACGAAGUCGACCGAAAGGGACCUGGAAUUGUCGCCACAACCACCUGCGCCGCCUCGAUCCAGCCAUGGAGCAAAACCUUCCACCACUGGUGCGCAUCAUUGGCGUGGCCCUGGCAUGGCUGUCAGCCAUCCUCGUGUCACUCAAGCACCACCGGUUUCUGACAAUGGAACCUUUGCGCAGACGUUCAUGCCGCCCGCGUCCGCUCGGGUCAAUGCACUUGAACACACAGAUAAUGAGGUUUCGCGCGACUCCACCAACGGAGUCCAUCGUAACGACAACGCUGCGGCAACCAUGCCACAGCGCUUACCAAACCCGGGGAACGGCCAAUCCUCAUUGCCUAAUCCUAAAGGUCCGCAGCAGGGCGCUGCCAACUAUGGUUCGAAUACGGCCGUCGUUCCAGAGCGUCAAUCGCCUGCUUAUCACCUUCAGACCAGUCGAAGCCUCGAGCAAGACCCCUUCCUGACUAGCAUGCCCAACGAAAUAACCAUAUCAAACUCGCCGGCUUUUUUCGAUUCAUUCUUUUCCCUUUCCGAUGGUCAACCGUUCAUGGACGGAGUUGGAGAGUUAUCUGGCACUCUGGACGGCAUGUUAUCUGGCCCCUUUAUGUAG